AUGACGUUGCUGCCAAUUGCCUUCUUGGUGGCCAUGGUCUUGAAGCCGAAGCCCAUGCCGACAGCAAAGAGCCCAGGAGCCAUCUUUCUAUUCGACUGCAUGGAGUCCGCGCAUUGCCUGGCCUGGAUGAAGGUGCAGCUGCGGGUCAUCACCGAUAGCCACCCCGUGGCAGAAGUGAUGCUCAUCGGCUUCUGCUUCGCCUUUGUGGUGGAGGGCGCCUCUGGGUUUGGUACGCCGGCCGCCCUUGCGGCGCCGAUGCUGUACUCCAUGGGGCACCCGAAGAUGGAGUGCGUUGUGUGCCUGCUGACCUUCAAUACCUUCAUGACCAUCUUCGGGGCAGUCGGCACACCUGUGUGGUUCGGGAUUGGGGAGGUCUUGCCCGAUUUUGGAGAUGAGAACUUGAUGGCGGUGGGAUUCCGGGCGUCGAUCGCUAUGAGCGCCUCCGCGAUCAUCCUGGUCCCCUACGUCGUCCAGAUCAUUGUGCCCUGGUCGGAGCUGCGCCCGAGCUUGUUGUACGUAGUGCUGAGCACCGCAAGCGUGGUUGUGCCAUUCAUCGUCUUGGCCAUGUUCAACUACGAGUUUCCGAGCUUGGCUGCCGGAAUCGUGGGCCUGUGCAUCACCACGGCCCUCACACUUCGAGGUAUAGGCCUCGGUCCUCACAGCCAUCACCAGGCUGCAAAGACGCAGGACGCACCGACGGAGGCUGACUGCGUCGAGCCUGUGCUAGAGGAGCCGGUAGCCCAGGAGAGGACACUGGAGCAAGAGAACACACUGAAGGACCUGGUCGACUUGGAAGCACCAGCAGCCGGCGUGCGCUUCAUCUCGGGGACCAUCAAGGUUCCCGUGGCCGAGGAGGACGAAGCGGGCCAGCCGAAGGGAACGAACUCGAAGAAGAGUUUGCGGGAGAAGGCCAAGAACAACACGUUGACCAUCGGCAGGAAGGCGAUGAAGUAUUUGUCCAACCAUGCGCACCUCACAGUGGCGCCGGCCAAGCUUCACGCGGCCAUCACGGAGGACGAGGAUGGCCCUCCGGGAGAGUUGACGGUCCAUGUGGACGAUCACCACGCCGAGCGCUUUCAUGCCGACGUGACCGUGUUCGAUUGUGUGUUCCGGACGAUGCCGCUUUGGCUUACGGUGGUCCUCCUGAUCUUGACGAGGAUCGAACCGAUCGGCCUCAAGUCCCUGCUGCGUCAGGACGAGCCCGAGAUUGUAAAUGGCUCCCUCGGCACUCUUGGCCACCUGCGCAUCUCCGCAGUCGGCCGGUUCUCAUUGACACAGAUCUUGGGUACGAAUCUGGGCUGGACUUACGAGCUGCUUUACAUCCCCUUCCUCCUGCCCUUUGUGGUGGCCGGCUGUGCCUCUUUGCUCGUCUUCCGCAAGGAGCUCGAGACCUCGCCGCGGACCAUCGUUUCCGGCGUGGCACAGCGCAUCAAGGGCCCUGUCGUCGCUUUGAGCGGGGCUCUGGUGUUGGUCGAAUUGCUUCGGACCGGUGAUGCGCUCAAGGUCAUGACUGACACGUCGGGUGACUUUCUCCUUGUGGAUCAUUGGGGAAGGUUCGUGGCCCUAUCGUUCCCCCUCGGAGCCCUUGGCUCCUUCUUCUCGGGCUCCACGACGGUCAGCAACCUCACCUUCACCCAGGUGCAGAAGGUCGCUGCGGACACCCUUGGCAUCUCCCCAACGGGACUCAUCGGCCUUUCGGACGGCAUUUGGGCAGAGAGGGCAGAGCCCUCUCUUUUCCUUUUUUCGGCUUCGCUGUGCCUUCCCUCUCAAUCGUGCAGUCGGCGGGUGCCUUCUGCCUGCAGAAAUCGGGAAAUUGGCAUUGGGAAACCUACCUGGGAUGAGAUCAGGGCUAGAUUCGUGGACAGUCCUCUCUGCUCGUCCGUGAGAGCUGAGUGGCAGAAGCUGGAGGGGAGCGCUACAAUAGCCGCUAGCGAGUGCAACAGCAGAAAGAACAAAGAGAAGCCAGAACGAACGCUCAAAGCCCUCAUCUCCUUCUUCCCUGCCUCCAGCUUUGCGGUGCAUCCAGUGGGAAUGCCUUCUGCCUUGCGAACAUCAUCGCAGCCACGGCGGUCAUCGGCCUGCAGGUGCCCGAGGGCAUGA